AUGGAGUGCUUUGGCCCAUUGCAUGAGGCAGCGGGUAAGGGAAGAUUGGAGACUUGCAAAUACUUGGUGGAGCAGAUUGGGUUUGACAUCAAUGUUGAUGCCAACAAUGAUUCGGGCAUGACACCUCUGGCUUGUGCAGUGUCACAUGGUAAAUCCAUUGCUGCGAAGUAUUUGCUUGACAAAGGUGCUAAUCCUGAUAAGCAAGACAACAAAGGCUUUACUCCUCUGCACUACGCUACAAAAGAAGGGAAGGACCGACUGGUUCGACUCUUGCUAUCUAAAGGAGCUAGUGUUGAUGUAUUCUCUUGUGAAGGGACGCCACUACAUGUUGCUGCCUCAUAUGGGAAGGCUGGCAUCAUGCAGAUUUUGUUGCAGCACAAUGCUGAUCCAAACAGGGUCUCAGCAGAUUUAGGUACACCCAUGGCUGCAGUUCUUUGUGUUGCUUCUGGAAGAAUUAGUGAGUCUGCUGCUUUGAAGUGCAUGAAGCUCCUUGUCAAGGCCGGUGCUGAUUUGAACUGUACAAAUCCUGAUACUCCAUUGGUUAUGGCAACUAGCAAAUACUUGUCUGAAUGUGUUGAGUACUUGUUGGAGGUCGGCGCAGAUGCCAAUAUUCCAAGCAAUCAUGGCCAUAUGGCACCAAUAGAAAUUGCUGCAAAAUCUGGAAGGAAAAAGCUUGUGGAGAUUCUAUUUCCUUUCACUUCACCCAUUCAAUCUAUGUCCAAUUGGAAUGUUGAAGGAAUCAUUGCCCAUGCAAGAUUAAGGCAUUCAGAGAACAAGGGUAAGCAAAGUGAUAAAGGUAGCCGGGUUAGGCUUAAAUUGAAUGCAGAAAAAGGCAACCAUGAAAGGGGACAAGACAAGGGAGGUGAUAAAGAUAAGAAGACUGAGCUAAACUUACUUGGUGCAAAAGCAGUCGAGCGGAAGGACUAUGCUGCUGCAUCAAAGUUCUACAGUGAGGCAAUCAAAGUGGAUCCUGCCGAUGCAAUGCUGUAUUCAAAUAGGAGUCUAUGUCAUCUAAAGAGUGGUGAAGCAUAUGCUGCUUUGCUUGAUGCUAAUGCUUGCAUAAGGCUGCGAGCUGAUUGGCCAAAAGGUCACUAUCGGAAGGGAGCUGCCCUCAUGUCGCUCAAGAGGUGUAAGGAAGCAUGUCAUGCAUUCUUGACUGGAGGGGAGCUGGAUCCUGCAAAUGUGGAGAUACGUCAAGCAUUUUGGUAUGUUUUUUAA